AUGUGGGGCCUUUCCUACGCAAGAAUAGUGGAUAGGACAGGUCCAAAUAACUCCAAUCAGUAUAGGGAAUCGGCCUAUCUAUCUAUCUAUCUAUCUAUUCUGCACCUAUCUAUCUAUCUAUCUAUCUAUCUAUCUAUCUAUCUAUCUAUCUAUUUAAGCCUACAGACAGAAAUGAGUAGACUUACAGAGACAAACAGUAAACGGCUGAUUAUCUAUCUAUCUAUCUAUCUAUCUAUCUAUCUAUCUAUCUAUCUAUCUAUCUAUCUCAGCCUGUUCACAUCUAUCUAUCUAUCUAUCUAUCUCAGUCUGUUCACAUCUAUCUAUCUAUCUAUCUAUCUAUCUAUCUAUCUAUCUCAGUCUUUUCAUAUCUAUCUAUCUAUCUAUCUAUCUAUCUCAGUCUGUUCAUAUCUAUCUAUCUAUCUAUCUAUCUAUCUAAUACUAUUAAUAAAUAUUUGUUUAUAUAUAUAUGUCCUUCAUUUCACUACUUAUCUAGUUUUGUCUAUUAUCAUAGUCUACGCCUAUCUAUCUAUCUAUCUAUCAUUCAAAAAGAAUGAAAACACCUAA